CUUCCCAAUGGGCAUGAGGGUACAUCAACAUCCUGCUGUACGGUAUGGUAGCGGCUGGGAAAUCUUCCAUCAUCAACACCUUCCUCUCGGCUCUGGAUCCAGAUGGGAGGACCGUGAUAAGUGUCCCGACCGGGAUGAAUCCCGACUCUCUCACACAGGAGCUGAGAUUCUACAAGUUGGCGAAGUUAAAGUUUUGGGAUGUAGCCGGAUGGAAUGCAAUGGUGAAGCCGUAUGAGAAACCGAAAGAGCUUCUUCUCAUGAUACUGGAGGGAAGAAUUCCCAUAGGAACAAACCUGCAAGAUUUCAAUCCGACCUCUCCUGAAGAGUAUCCAGUCAUUCCGGGAAAUGCCAUUCACGGAGUUGCUUUCAUUUUUGACAUGAUCACUGUGGGAAACAUCAGUGGGGAUAAAAUGAAGCAUUUUCAGGAAUUCCAGACCAUCGCAGCACAGAAAUGUGGUCACAGGGUUGUGAUUGGGACCAAGUUUGAAAAGUUAGCGAUAAAGGAGAAGAACCAUGCGUGGAUUUAUGAAUACAAGCCCCUGCAGCAGAAGUUUGAGCAGUUUUCAGCAUCUACUGGAAUGGAUAAGCAAUGCAUGUUUGUGGUUUCCAAUCAAUGGAAUGGUGAUCAUAUCACAAUGAUAAAAUGUAUUCUUGCCCUGUAUGCUCUGGAAAACAUGAUCAGAAACAUCGACCGCUAUCUGAAAAUUACAGCGUAAUGGACAGAGCCAAGCGUGUACACAACUGUAGAACUGGAACUCAUACCAACUCCGGACCACAGUGGCUGAACAAGCUCACUUUACAAACUCCAAUGUGUCAACCUGCUGUCAGAUGAAUGUUGAGAAUUUAUCAAUGAUAUGGAUAUAAAGUUUCAACUCACACAUUGCUGUUAAUUAAAAAGACAGUUAUUGCUUGUAA